GAUUAAAACAGGAUUAGUUUCCAAAAAGGUUUUUAGUUAUCAUUGGAACUUGAAAAAUACUGUUAUACGAUGUUUCCAUGGAACAUUGUAAAAUUUACAUUUGAAAUAUUUUGCAGUGUGUCUGCAGCUUUACUUGUUGGAUGCCAGUCACAGGAAGCAAACAAUGAGACGUUCAAAGUUUUGCCACAACUGCAGAUGUUGGAGCCAUCAGAGCUUGCUGUGUAUAAUCACACUCGCACGUCCACUGCAGAAGUCUGGCCUGAUCAAAUGAACGUUCGAAUAUGGGAGAAGCUCUUUUCAGAAUUUGAUGACAAACUUUAUAUUUCCAUUUUUCGUUAUGGUGUAACUACGUUAUAUGAGUAUCACUGGUACUUUAAAAUGUAUUUGAGUUACCCUGCGAAUGCGUUUUAUAAUGUAAAAAUUAAAAACGCCUCCUACGUAGAAACAAAAGAAACACGUGUCUUAAAUCUAAUAUCUAAAGAUAUUAAACGAAAGUCAUCGAUUGAUUUCCUACCAACAGCUGUUUUCACUGCUGCAUACAUACUCAAAGAAAACUACCCAAAGAAUUCUUCUUCUUUUAAAGUCCACUUUGCUUGGAAUGAAAAUAACACGUAUGUUAUCAUCACAGGGAGUGAGAAUAAAACAAGCAUUGUAAUUGUCGGGUACUUCAAGUACUGUUCGUUUAAAUUCCAUCUGACAAAAAAAGAAAUGGUGCAUGUCAUGCCAAGUAGCUGUCGAAAGGCAGCACUUUAUCCUUAUGGUAGAAGACUCUUCAACGACGGCGUCCUGAAACAACCGAUUCCACUUUUUUCUUCAUAUACUGCAAAUAUAAUGGCAUGUCAAAGCGUUCUACUUUUUGACGAAAAACAUCAAACAUCGGUGAAUUUACUUCAAUCAACUGAAAAAACAUUUAUUAUAGUGUAUUCGAAUCAGGCUGUUGAACAAUGUGAUUGGGAUAAGCCAUAUUUCACCAAAGAUCCUAACAACAAAACUUUAGGUGUUAUAUCACGUGAUGUAAACAACAUUAGUGCUAAUCAUUUCAAACCAAAGCAAGUUUUAAUAUUCACUUACUUUCGCACAUACAAGGGAAAAAAAAUCACUUUUCAAGUCACUUUAACAUCUGACGGAAGCGACACGUACGGCAUUUUUAAUUAUGACGCCGUCACUUCACAAGAGUUUUUAAUUGGAUACAGAGAUCCGUUUUGUGGCUCAACAAACUUCUUCAAUGCUAAUGAAUCGAAACUAGUUGAUCAAACCUCAAACAUUGGUAUACCUGGGAGACACGUGUUUUUAUUGCCAUCGCGGAAUUGCUCCAAAGGAAUGUUGUACAACUUUGGGAAAAAAUACAACGACACUGAAAUGAGAAAGGGAUAUGAGUACAUAGAAGAUUGGACCUUAAUCCAUCCAAUCCCGUUAAAGAAUAAAAUCUUGAAAAAGUUAUAUGUGAGUACCAAUGGAAUAAUUUCAGAGAUCUACCUUUCACAUGUCAAUUUCAAUGAACCAAACACAUAUUUCGCUCCAUAUUACAUACAAUUUAAUACCACGCUUACUGGUACCAUUUACUAUAGAGAAACACAGGACAGUGAUACUCUCGCGCGUGUGAACAGGGAUGUAAAAGAAUUACGCGGGAAUUCAACCAAGAUGGUAACAGCCGUUAUUGUUACUUAUUUUGAAGUUAGCACGAAUGAUUUUCCUGGCCACAAAAACACUUUCCAGUUGGUCAUUGCUCAUAACAACAUCAACAGUACAUUUGUCAUCAUGAAUUUUCAUCGUUUGGACACCCGGGGGUCACCGAUUUCAGUGCUUUCACAAAAGCCUUGUUAUUUUCAUGUGUUGUUAGACCGAAGUGUUCCAUUUUCACCACCCAAAUAUCAUGAUCUCGUGCGCUCGACAAAUAUGAAUGAAUUGGGGAAACAUAUAUUUCACAUCAAUGAUAGGCAAAAUUGUGAUUCAGCGAUAUAUCCAUACGGGCAAUGGAAAAUAACGAGCAAUAUCAUUGAUUUGGAAAAACCAUUUUUGCUGUUUUCAAGUUAUGCUUCUCGUCUUAACCUCUGUGAUGGAGUCAUCCUAAUUAAUGAAAUUUACACAACAAGUGUCUCCGUGAAAUUCCCAUCAUCUAAAACGUUCAUUUCAAUUUAUUCCACAAGUAGCAGCUGCUUGACUUCUUCAUCUUCAUUUUAUUACGAUGUCAUAACUGAAGACAACCCGCUUAUGAAACUGGCUGCUGAAGAUAUUGAGAAAGCAACAUUGAAAAAGUUUCAUCCAAUCAGCAUGUUUCUCGUCACGCACACACACCAAGCUGCGUUUGUGUCCGAUGGAAACGUGACAUACGUGAUUUUAAAUUAUAAUGAAGUAGAUGGUAGCGAUGCUUUAAUUGGAUACAGCGAACCAUUUUGCAGUUCGAUGAAGUUUUUCAGCUCUAACGAGUCGAAAUUUGUUGAUAAAACCUCAAAUAUUGGAAAACCGGGAAGGCAUGUUUUCUUGUUGUCGUCGCAGAAUUGUUCCAAAGAAGAGUUGUAUCCAUUUGGUGAAAAACAUGGAGAUAUAAAGAUGAAGAAAGGGGACAAUACAGCAGAAGAGUUUCAUUUGAAUGUUCUUUUACCACUAAAGCAUUCCAAUGGUGUAUCUAAGAUUUACAUCAAUACAAAUGGAAUAAUAUCAAUAGAUCAGCCAAUUACUUACAGAUUUACCCACAAUCCAGGCGAGAUUGAAUACAGAAGAUUUAUCGCUGCUUAUCAUUUAGAUCUGGACACAUCUUUAAGUGGGUCCAUCUACUACAGACAAACAAAAGACAAACUACUUAUUAAACGUGCAAAAAAUGACAUAAAAUUACUCAAUGCAACUCAAAUUGACGUCACUAAUGUCAUCAUAGUGACGUAUUUUGACAUACCCUUCCGAGAUAUACCAACGCAAAAAAAUACCUUUCAGAUAGUACUAGCCUACAACAAGAAGAAAACUUUUGUUAUUUUCAAUUUCCAUAAGUUGGAAGCAAUACACGAAAAAGCGUUAGCUUGGAUAAACAAUGGACCAUGUUACAGCAAAAUUAUACUAAAACAUGCCCCAACCAGCAAUCCGUAUGACCCGUACAACCCAUAUAACCCGUACAACCCAUACAAUCCAUAUAACCCAUACAACCCAUACAACCCGUACAACCCAUACAACCCAUAUAACCCAUACAACACAAUUUACCACUCCUACGAAUACCAUGAUCUCACCAGAAGUUCCAAUGUCAACCGAAUGGGUAAACAUAUAUACGAAGUGGCAGAUAACCAAUGUAAUGUGGGUACAAUUCAACAUAGUUUCCUAUACCUUCGUGUACGUUCUAAAGGUUAUGAUAACGUCAUAAUAGACUGGGGUCUUUCAUUGUCUUCGGAGGAGUUAAAAGUACUGAGAGCAGGCAUGUGGGAUACGCCAUGGAAAUCUAUCUGUUCAGGGUUAUCAAGCUACAAGAUUGAAGGUUUACGUCAAGAUGAAUCAUACAGAAUUGAAUUUACUGGCAGGUCAAAACUUUACCUUACAUUCCGGAAUACGAAAUAUACCGGCUGGAUAAAUGACGUAACGCCUUUAACGAUAGAUCCGCCAUUCGUUGGUAUGAAGAAAAUAAGUCUAACACAAGCAGCAUUAUAUUGGAAUACUCCAGUGAUGUAUAUUAGUGACCUUGGAAUUGCCUUGAUAAACAUCAGACACUAUGAUAUUGAGAGAUAUUCUCAAUCUGUUUAUACUCUACAAGUGACAGAAACAGAGCUUGUGGUAAAUGGAAGCAUUGGAUCAACGCACGUGUUUGAAGUAGCUUUAGUUGUGAACAACCAUUCGGUGGCAAGUAAUACUACCUACACAUUUGAAGAACCAAAAACCGACGAAACACAAAAGAAGAUUAUCAUUUCUGUAUCGGUAUCUGUGUCUGUAUUGGUGGUAUCUGUUGCUUUGUUUUAUGCAUACUAUCGAAAAAAGUAUAAAAAACAGCCAAAUUUUUUAUUACCACAGAGUACUGAGAAGCUUGAUCCUGAUAAAAGCCUUCUUGACCAAUGCAACAACUUAAGUUAUGACCCAAAGUUUGAAUUUCCAAGAAAACAACUUUCAAUGGUUAAAAUACUUGGCGAGGGCGCAUUUGGCCAAGUUUGGAUGGGAACAGCGAAACAUAUGGACACGUUCAAACCAAGAGAAUCUGUUGCAAGUCGAAGUAUAUUUCGAAGUUUCAAGCGAAUGGCAAAAAAGACCGUAGUAGCUGUAAAAGCCUUAAAAAGUAAUGCCACACAAGUCGAGUACAAAGAUCUUGGAAACGAAUUGAAGCUUUUAAUACAUAUUGGUGAACAUAGGAACAUUGUGAAUCUGCUCGGUGCUUGCACAAAAGAUAAUAAUUUAUUAGUUGUCUUAGAAUAUUGUUCGAAUGGAGCUCUGUUGGAUUACUUACGUGUACACGAGCACGAUUUUCAACCAACAUGGCAUCAUCUAGACAAAACGCAGAUUAAUCUUCGACAGCUGACUUGGAUGGCUGUACAAAUUGCUGAUGGUAUGAGUUUUCUGGAGGAGCAAAAGUGUGUGCAUCGUGAUCUGGCCGCAAGAAAUAUUUUAUUAACCGAGUUGAUGAUCGUAAAAAUUGCUGAUUUUGGACUUGCCAGGAAUACAGAUGGAAAGGAAUUCUAUAAAAAAGAAACGGAUGGUAAUCUACCAAUCAAGUGGAUGGCGCCAGAAGCAUUGACCAAUCAAAUGUAUACAUCUAAAAGUGACGUCUGGUCCUUUGGAGUUCUUAUUUGGGAAAUAUAUUCCUUUGGGGCAUGCCCCUACCCAGGAGUGAAAAAUUCAGAUGUAGGAGAUUAUCUUAAAAGUGGCAAACGAAUGGAAGCACCGAAACUUUGUCCAGAAGAAUUGUAUCAAAUCAUGCUUCAAUGUUGGUCAGCACCAAUGGAUUUGAGACCGAAAUUUGUGGAUUUGAGAAAUAAUAUAGACCGCAUCAUCAUUUCUUACGAGGAAAGUUUCUUUGGUAGACAGUACAUCGACAAAGUUUUAAAUCUGCCAGCAUCAAGUAAAUAUCAGAAAUCUUCUUUUGCAAGGAGCAAUGCAUACACGUUUCAACAAGAAAUAAAGGAAGAAGUAGUGUUACCAGUGGAUGAUAGUUUGUCAAAUGGUGCGGAUACCGAUGAUGCGUACUUUGCAUUUGACAUUACUGACGCAGAAAUCUUAAACCAGGAAAAGAACACGCACGAAGAGAUUGAUUUCAAACAAGAAGAUAUCCCCAAUAUAAGCGAAGGAGAAUACGUGGGAAUAAACAGUCAACAAACAGAAGCAGAAUAAUAUUUAAAUAGAAGCUUGUGGUAGUUGACUACUUAUGUAAAAUAUUUGAAUACACGUAUUAUGGAGCUUCACACAGGGAAGAGUAAAUUAUGUCUGUUGUAUGUAUGUUCAACAUAAACUAACUCUAGAUACGUGACAAACAGUAUAAAACACAUACUCGCAAACCACAGUACUAAUUAUAGAACAUUACAACACGUAAUUAUCAAAUAAACGAUCUUCUUAAUUGAAAUAGGUUUUACCACAUGCAAGGUAAAUCGAGAAGACAUGUUUCUAAAGUAGGGAUUUUAUGUUAACAAACCUUGUGAAAGCCAAACAUUGCCUUUCAUUUUAUUUGCCCGUUUGUCUUAUACUUACCCGUAGGUUUUUAUCGUAUCGCUUUUUACUUCAUUUUGUUCUUCGUUGUUUUAUGAAAAACAUUUUUUAUCUUGUAAAUACUGAUGUAAAACACGAGAAAUGUAACGAAAUAUGGCAUUGAUCAAUGUUCUGAAAACGAAGGUAUUUGAGCACUUAAAAUAAAAUAGAAAUAAUAGUAUUUUAUAUUUGUAAAUGUGUUAGCAAGAAAAUGAUAACUCUUGCUUUUCUGUACACGCAGACAACCUGUUUGAAAACAUCGUCGUCAUUUUUUCGUCCUGAGCACAUAAUCAAUCGCUUAAAAAAAAACUGUAGUGAGUUUAAAGAGUACUGUUGUCAUUCUGAACAUUUAUACAGGAUAGCCAAUUUCGUGUUGGAAACACUGUUGUUGCUCCUGUCCUCUGAAUUUAUACAUAAGGUAUACCUACCUAAUAUCCCUCAUAUCGCAUGGGUUGGACCAUAGGGUGAAAAAGGCACUGACUAAGUAUACCCACGCUAUGUACUGAACCAUGACCUUAUGACUACGAACUGAACCCCUUGA